AUGGCUCGACACCGUCGUGAUCUGAAUCACGGUAUCGUGCUGAACACUGAGAGCGAGCGAAUAGCACGCAAAUGGCGAGCAAGACAACCAAACCGAGUGCAACAGAACCAGCGAUACUUGCCGGUGGAAACGAAAACGGCGAAGCUUGAUUUGGCGGCGGACUCGGCGGCGGACUCGGCGGCGGACUGGGUGGUGGACUGGGUGGCGGACUGGGCGGCGGACUGGGCGGCGGACUGGGCGGCGGACUCGGCGGCGGACUGGGCGGCGGACUGGGCGGCGGACUGGGUGGUGGACUGGGUGGCGGACUGGGCGGCGGACUGGGCGGCGGACUCGGCGGCGGACUCGGCGGAGGAUUUGGUGGCGGACUCGGCGGAGGAUUUGGUGGCGGACUCGGCGGCGGACUCGGCGACGGACUCGGCGGUGGAUUUGGUGGUGGACUCGGCGGUGCAUUUGGUGGCGGACUCGGCGGUGGAUUUGGUGGCGGACUCGGCGGUGGAUUUGGUGGUGGACUCGGCGGUGAAUUUGGUGGCGGACUCGGUGGCGGACUCGGCGGCGGACUCGGCGGCGGACUCGGCGGCGGAUUCGGCGGCGGACUUGUUGGCGACGCCGAAGGCGUUGGUGGAAAUUGCGGUAGUGGCGGAUUUGGCGGCGGAUUUGGCGGCGGACUCGGCGGUGGAUUUGGUGGUGGACUUGGCGGCGGACUCGGCGGCGGACUCGGCGGCGGACUCGGCGGUGGAUUUGGUGGUGGACUCGGCGGUGGAUUUGGUGGCGGACUCGGCGGUGGAUUCGAUGGUGGACUGGGCGGUGGAUUUGGUGGCGGACUCGGCGGUGGAUUUGGUGGUGGACUCGGCGGCGGUGGAUUCGGCGGUGGAUUUGGUGGCGACGCCGAAGGCGUUGGUGGAAAUUGCGGUAGUGGCGGAUUCGGCGGCGGACUUGGCGGUGGAUUCGGCGGCGGACUGGGCGGCGGACUUGUCGGUGGACUCGGCGGCGGAUUCGGCGGCGGAUUCGGCGGUGGAUUCGGCAGUGCCACCGCCGUAG